UCAUCAUGUCUUCAUAUUUACUUAUUAGGUAUGAUGUAUCCCAUUUGAAAACUAAUUGUCAAGUGACCGGAAAUUCCAUAUAUGCGGACGAGAAUUCCAUGACAAAAAAAAACUGAUCGUUACAGCCUCAACACAUGUGCCAGAUUCCAUGGCCGGCUUGAUGCAAAAGGUAACCCUGAGGUGGGCGAUAAAAAGUACGCAAAGGGGAAGCCUUCCUCCACUUGGUUUGUGCUGGAAAACCCUCCGUGCACGCAGAUUGUUGCUUGGUGUUUCAUUGUUGGUAGCAUUACAGACUCACAUUUUAUUCGUUUUCUUUUUUUUUUUUAUCCUUUCCUCAAUUUGUCUGUUUGGAGGUUGUUGCUCAUUUCAGCUUGAUGGCGCAUUUAGGAGGAGCACAACAACAGGUCUUCAGGAGCACCUUCUUUUCGCUGUGGCUCGGUUUGUGCAAGAAGAUGUUCACGUGGUUCUCUUUGUGUGAUUGAGAGAUGAUAUCGCUACUCUUUUUCUACUCAAUUUUUUGUUUUUGUGUACGUUGUAUCUGUCCUCUUUUACUUUUUUUGUAUCUAGGGAUGCUAUCCAGCAAAAAGAUGAGGCUUCGGAAAUGGGAACUGCUGCCCGCGAUGUUUGCUCGGGAAAUGGCAGCGUCAGUGGUCAUCCCAGAGAAAAUCCCAACUCCGACAUUCUGACUGCAGUCUCCACUCAGUCACGGCUACAGAGAAGAGCACAUGGAGACGGUCCCUUGCAAGAUCUGGUGAGCUGGUACCAUCAACAAGAUCAGCCUGAAGAUGACGACGACGAAGGCGAUAGUGACUGGGAGCCUCACUUGCAACCUGCUGUUAGUGAGAAGUGGUUGUGCAUCAACUGUACCAUGCCGAACUUUGACGAUGUUCUCCAUUGCGAUUUCUGCGGGGAAAUCCAGUAAUCAGAGAUACUUACCAAGGGGUCUUUUGCUUCUACUGUUACUCGAGAAGGUUCUCCUGAUGACGCAGAGGCGAUCGCUGGACAUCUAGAACCUUGUAUGGAAUGUCUACCAUCAAAGGAUUGCACCUUAGUUGGUUUUGAUGAGAGAAUGCUACUUCAUUCAGAGGUUGAACAAAAGUCCCAUCCCCAUCCAGAAAGACCAGAUCGUCUUCGAGCUAUUGCUGCCAGCUUUGCAGUGGCAGGUAUAUUUCCAGGAAGGUGCUUUCCCAUCCCUGCCAGAGAGGCUAGCCUUGAAGAGCUUGGAUUGUUACUUCACAUCUGAUACAUAUGCCAAUGGACAUUCAGCUCUAGCUGCAAGACUUGCAGCAGGAUUAUGUGCAGAUCUUGCCUCAGCUAUUAUGCAAGGACAUGCCAGAAAUGGUUUUGCACUUGCCAGACCUCCUGGUCAUCAUGCGGGUUUGAAACAACCAAUAGGCUUUUGCUUGCACAACAAUGCAGCAGUGGCUGCAUUGGCUGCUCAAGCUGCUGGUGCAGAUAGAGUGUUAAUUGUUGAUUGGGAUGUGCAUCAUGUAAUGGUACCCAAGAAAUUUUUGAAGGAAACUGCACGAGAAGGAUGCAGGUGAAGCCCUUCAAGUGAUACAGAAAUCUACAGCCGUGACCAGAAACUGUGAAGAAAGAUGCAAGUCACCUAGGUUGAUCGGGUGAAGAAAUACAUACUUGAGUUUGAGUGCUUAAAUUGUAAAUACCAAGUAUCGUGCAAAUGAAAGAAAUCAAAAUCAGGCUUACAUGUUUCUGUUAUGUCACUAAAACUUACGUAUCCACUUGUAAAAUUUUGAUAUCAAAAUGCAAGAAUACGUACAAAACCAUAUUCUAGUGAUCUUAUAUAUAUAUAUAUAUAUAGUCAAAUAAGGUGAAUAUGUAUGGUUAGCCACAGGAAAAAAGAACAGCCAACAGAAUACCACAAGCCAUGAAAUCGACAACUAAGAAUCAUUAUUAACAUUGUCAACAGCAAAAUGGUUAGCCACAGGGAAAAAGCACAGCCAACAGAAUUUUCAUGGAAUUCUUUUAUUGUAUAACUACCAAGAUCUAGCUUAGUUUUUUCCUGUUGUAUUAGUUCUCUUUUUACAGAAACAGUAGAAGAACAACUGUUCAU